UCUCUGUCUUGUCAGUCGGGAGUAAGCUGCCAAGCGGAGAGCGAAGCACCGAAACCUGGACCGAUAGUGAAGCAUAAUAACUUUUAAAGUGUGAAUCUAGAAGUAGCUGUCAUGCCUUCGUUCUGUAGCGGCUUUGGAGGGUUUCUGUCUGUUGCUGUUGAACUCUGACCUGUCGCUGCUCUCUGAGGAUCCUUCUCUUGAUUUAAGUUGUCAACAUGGACCCCAAGGGCCCGAGUGGCACCUUUAAGCGGUCCUCCCUCAAACGCUCCACAUCUGGCUCGCAGAAGGCACAGAGAGCCUGGAUUGAGAGGACCUUUCUUAAAAGAGAAUGUGUUCACAUAUUCCCCAGCAAGGACCCAACCAGAUGUGCCUGCGGUCAGCUGACGACGCAGCACGUGGCCAUCCCUCCUGGUGCCAACUCACUAGAGGAAGCACACCAGCUGGUGCAGAUUGACACCCCAAAGGACAAAUGGUCUGUGAUCAAACACACCAGGACGUACCCGACGGACUCCUUUGGCAUCAUUGAGUUCCAGGGAGGAGGAUUCAUCAACAAGGCCAUGUAUAUCCGGGUUUCAUAUGACACCAAGCCUGACAACCUCCUGCAUUUGAUGGUGAAGGACUGGCAACUGGAGCUGCCCACCUUGCUCAUCUCUGUACACGGAGGUCUGCAGAACUUUGACCUCCAGCCCAAACUCAAGCAAGUGUUUGGCAAAGGUCUGAUCAAAGCGGCUGUCACCACUGGAGCUUGGAUCUUCACGGGUGGAGUCAACACGGGGGUGAUUCGUCAUGUUGGAGAUGCCUUAAAGGACCAUUCCUCUAAGUCACGAGGAAAAGUGUGUGCAAUAGGAAUUGCUCCAUGGGGGAUUUUGGAAAACAAAGAAGACCUCAUUGGAAAAGAUGUAACCAGACCCUAUCAGACGAUGGCAAACCCACUGAGCAAGCUGGCAGUGCUCAACAACAGUCAUUCCCACUUUAUCCUCACCGACAACGGAACCUGCGGGAAGUAUGGCUCCGAGGUCAAACUCCGUCGACUGCUGGAGAAGCACAUCUCCUUGCAGAAGAUCAACACUCGUUUAGGUCAGGGGGUCCCUUUGGUGUGUCUGAUUGUGGAGGGAGGUCCAAAUGUUAUCUCCAUCGCCCUGGAAAGUCUGAGAGACGAGCCUCCCAUCCCUGUGGUGGUGUGCGACGGCAGCGGUCGAGCUUCUGACAUCAUUUCCUUUGCACACAAGUUCUCAGAGGAUGGAGGCCUGGUUAAUGACGACGUCCGAGACCAACUCUUAGUGACUAUUCAGAAGACAUUCAAUUAUAGCAAAAGCCAAUCGCAGCAGAUCCUGCUCAUGGUAAUGGAGUGCAUGAAGAAAAGGGAACUGAUUACAGUUUUUCGAAUGGGUUCUGAGGGACAACAAGAUAUUGAAAUGGCCAUCCUCACUGCCUUGUUAAAAGGCACAAAUGCUUCAGCAGCAGAUCAGCUCAGUUUGGCUCUGGCCUGGAACAGAGUGGAUAUUGCUCGCAAUCACAUCUUUGUUUACGGACACAAUUUACCACCUGCCGGUGCCAUUGCCAAUACAACAACCUCUUUAGCCACGACCCAAGAGAAAACCAAAAGUCCUGCCAGCGCUCCUCGCAACAAGACCCGGGCCAAAAAGGGGAAGGGGAAGGGAAAAGCAAAACCUGAACCUCCAGAGGAAACAGAUCCGAGGAAGUUGGAGUUGAUUCGUUGGGUGAACUCUCUGGAACAGGCGAUGAUGGAUGCUCUGGUGCUGGACAGAGUGGACUUUGUCAAACUGCUGCUUGAGAAUGGCGUCAACAUUCACCAUUUCCUCACCAUUCCCAGGCUGGAGGAGUUAUACAACACGAAACUUGGCCCUGCGAACACGCUGCACGCUGUGGUUAGAGAUGUCAAAAAGGGAAACCUUCCUCCAGAUUAUCAGAUCACUUUGAUUGAUAUUGGUCUGGUGCUGGAAUACCUCAUGGGAGGAGCUUACAGGAGUAAUUACACCAGGAAGGUUUUCCGUAACCUCUACAAUAAUUUGUAUGGACUAAAAAGGCCAAAAGCCCUGAAGCUUCUUGGAAUGGAGGAUGAUGAACCAAGACCCAAAGGCAAGAAAAAGCCAAAAAAGAAGAAGGAGGAAGAGGUGGAAAUUGACGUGGAUGACCCUGAAGUGUGCAGAUUCAAGUUUCCAUUCCAUGAGCUGAUGCUUUGGGCAGUGCUGAUGAAGCGCCAGAAGAUGGCGCUAUUCCUCUGGCAGCGUGGAGAAGAAGCCAUGGCAAAGGCCUUGGUGGCUUGUAAACUGUAUAAAGCUAUGGCCCAUGAAUGCUCUGAGAGUGAACUGGUCGAUGACAUCUCCCAAGAUCUGGAGAACAACUCCAAAGAAUUUGGCCAGUUGGCCUAUGAGCUGCUGGACCAGUCCUACAAGCACGAUGAACAGGUGGCCAUGAAACUUUUAACAUAUGAGCUGGUCAACUGGAGUAACUCCACCUGUCUGAAGCUGGCUGUGGCUGCUAAGCAACGUGACUUCAUUGCUCACACCUGCAGCCAGAUGUUGCUCACUGACAUGUGGAUGGGCUGCUUAAGGAUUGGAAAAAACCCUGGCCUCAAGGUCAUUCUGGGAAUCAUCUUUCCUCCUCUCAUUCUACUGUUGGAUUUCCGUAUCGGAGAUGACGCUUCCUAUCAUGUACCUGAAGGCAAAGAAGACGGAAAAGACAAGGAUGAUGACACAAAGUCCAGCAAGGAGGGUAACACGGACGCAACUUCCCGAAAGGGAGAUGAAGAGGAGGGAAGCACUAAAGUCCGCAAAAUCCCCAUUGGCAAAAGGUUCUUUGAGUUUUACGACGCACCGUUCACUAAAUUCUGGUUCAACACUAUUUGCUAUCUGGGCUACUUAAUGUUGUACAACUACAUCAUCCUGGUGAAAAUGGAGCGAUGGCCAUCUAUACAGGAGUGGACUGUAAUAGCAUACAUCCUCACACUUGGCUCUGAAAAAGUCAGACAGAUUCUGAUGUCAGAACCAGGGAAGCUGAAACAGAAGAUAAGUGUUUGGCUGGAGGAAUACUGGAACAUCACAGACCUGGUGGCCAUUUCCACCUUUCUUCUGGGGCUCAUGUUGCGGCUCCAGCAUGAACCGUACAUGGGCUACGGCCGAGUCAUCUACUGCAUAGACAUCAUCUUCUGGUACAUUCGUGUAUUGGACAUCUUUGGCGUCAACAAAUACCUGGGACCCUAUGUGAUGAUGAUAGGAAAGAUGAUGAUCGAUAUGAUGUACUUUGUGGUGAUCAUGCUGGUGGUGCUUAUGAGCUUCGGGGUGGCUCGGCAGGCCAUCCUUCACCCGGACGAGGAGCCAACAUGGCGCCUGGCCAGGAACAUUUUCUACAUGCCCUACUGGAUGAUCUAUGGAGAGGUUUUUGCGGACUCGAUAGACCGUAAGACUAGAAUUCAUAUCUACGCAAUGGAAAUCAACCCUCCAUGUGGUGAACAUUUAUAUGACGAGGAUGGGAAGAAGCUGCCUCCAUGCAUCCCCGGAGCCUGGCUCACACCUGCUAUUAUGGCCUGUUACCUUCUCGUGGCAAACAUUCUUCUGGUCAACUUGCUCAUUGCAGUGUUCAACAACACCUUCUUUGAAGUCAAGUCCAUUUCCAACCAGGUGUGGAAGUUUCAGAGAUAUCAGCUGAUCAUGACUUUCCAUGACCGUCCCAUCCUGCCUCCACCUCUCAUCAUCUUCAGCCAUCUCUACAUCCUCUUCAACAGGCUGUUUCGGAGAUGCGCCAGGAAGAAACAGGAGGGAGAGCUGGAUGAGAAGGACCGAGGCCUCAAACUCAGGCUGAAUCCAGAGGAGCUUAAAAAUUUGUACGAAUUUGAAGAGCAGUGUGUGGAGGAAUAUUUUCGUGAGAAAGAGGACGAGCAGCAGUCCUCCAGUGAUGAACGCAUCAAGGUUACUUCAGAGAGAGUUGAGAACAUGUCAAUGCGUCUGGAGGAGGUCAAUGAGAGGGAGAACACAAUGAAGGCCUCCCUGCAGACUGUGGAUCUGCGUCUAGCCCAGCUGGAGGAGAUUCACGGGCGUAUGGCAGUUGCAUUGGAAAAGCUUGCAGGAGUGGACAGACUGGAGCUGACCAGAACCUACUCACGGAACUCCUCCGUGUGCGAUCCUUCGUCUCUCCUGCGCCAGGGCAGCAUCAACAGUGCUGACGGUUACAGUCUUUACCGCUUCCACAUGGACAUGGAGGAGUUUGCUACCAAGCAAAAGGACACAGAGGAGACAACUAAAAGUGGCCUAGAAAGACAGCGGAGUACCUGCACCCUCAGCACCAAGGAAGGCGCUCAGACCUUAGAGGUCGGGGGUUUGGAGAGGUCGCGACCCAGUUCCUGUGUGGACAUCCUCAUAUCUCCAUGUGAACAAAAGCCUCCUUCUCUGGCAUCAAGCCAAGAGACCAUAACCAACAUAAAACACAGCAGCACAAUGCGGCUAGAUAGACUAACAGACAAGAACAGACUAAGGCCUUCAUCUUCUCCAAAAAGGACUAAAUCCUUGAAACACUAUCCAGUUGAAGACCAACCAACCUCUCCUUUGACAAAGAGGAGGGCGAUGAGCACCAUCAUCAUCAAACCUGAUGAUGAACCGGAGGAAGUUGCUGUUCCAAUAGAGAAGCCCCAACUGCCGCUAGGUACCUCCUCUUCUCCAAAGAGGACUAAAUCUCUACGAUAUCUUCCAACUGAAAGCCAAAGCCAGAUUUCUCCUAUAACAAAGAAGAGGGCUAUGAGCAGCAUCAUCUACAGCCCAGCCGAGGCAGGUGAUGAUUUGCUGCAAACUGCAGACUACAGGUCUCUGGUAGAGCAGGUCACUCAAAGUCCAAAUCAGUGGCCAGCAAAUCUGGAGUAUCAAGUACAUCCCAGCACUUUGGGCCACAUGCCUAAAGUUUCAACAGUCAGAGCCCUUGCCCAGCAGUUUCAAACUACCACUGCACCCACUGAGCUUCAAAAACACAAUCAGACUGAUGCAAUUCCUUCAGAAAGUGAGGGAACUCCUCCAGCAACUGAGCCUGUGGAAGACCAAAUAAAGAUGAAGGCUAAGAGAAACCUCUCGGACACCACCGACUAUCUGACUGUGGCUGAUCAAAAGUAUUUGCCGUGUCCCAGGUCACUGAGCUGGAAUGCCAGUGAUAGGAAAGCAAAGUCCUUCAUGGUUAGCCAGGAGAUAAGGGCCUCAAGCAGCGCAAAAAACCUCGCUGAAGCCAGCAGGGUGUUGGCUGUUGGACAGGAAGAUGAGGAAAAGAAGACCGAGGCAGACGAUGAUGCAUAAAAGUAGAAAUGAGAGCCUUAAAGGAGAGACUGAUGAAAGCAGGAACAGAUGAUUAUUAAACAGAAUAAAGGCACAAGAACAAGACAGGACUGAUGAACUAACUUCAGAAAUCACAAUUGAAUGAGUUGUUGAAACUGUUGUCAUAAAAUUGGUAAAAACAGAAUGACAGUGAUGGAAAAUCAUUAUGGAAGUCUUUUUCCAUCAUGCAGUGACAAUCAGUACACUCCUGUAAAGAUCCACUUUCUUUAAUGUCUUUACUUUUCAUUGGUGUAACUUACAGUAGCUUACAAAGACAAUCAUUCACAUUACAGCUUUCCCCAGUCAUUGUGUUUUUAAGCUGGAUAUGUAAAAGGAACCUGUCGGCUCUCUACAGCUCCAGGAGGAAAUAAAGUAUUAACACAGUUAGUUGUGCCGACAUAUACACAGUGUUAACAGCAAAAAACAUGAACUUCCUAAAGAUAUUCAAAUACUCUCUGUAAACACUUUCUUUUCAGAUACUUCAGAUGCGUAACACUGACCCCUCAGAGGUCCCUCUACAGCUUUCAUGCAAAUACUGACAAUUGUAUAACAAUAUGUAUUAAGUACAGCUUCAAAGAAACAAACAACCCUUCCACAGUUUCAUGUUGACACAUAAUCCUGUAUAAAUCAAGGUUCCAAUAAAAAGGAAUAAAUAAAAAAAAA